CUCCUCCUCCUCCUCCUCCUCCUCCUCCUCCACCUCCAAAUACCCCCACUCAAUUUUGCUGAUCUUCUAAAUCCCAUUUUCAAUUCAUCCCACUCUCAAAACUAUCAUUACAUCCAUGUCUCUCUGUUUCUCAAUCUCUCUCCAAAUUCCACUACCAUUCUUUCUCUGACUAUGUAGAGCAAAUCAUAUUCCAUCAAAUUUAGCAAAGAUUCGAUCUUUUCAUCAAACAAUGAAUCUUGUACAGACCCAUCUCUUGAUUCCGCUUCUACUAUUCAUAUUUCAUCUACUACUUACCCUCUGUUCUUCAUACCCAACUCCUCUGAAUUGUACGGACACCACUCGAUUGUGUACAUCAUUCUUGGGCUUCAAACCCAAUUCAAACCAGACCCUAUCUGUACUUCAAAGCAUGUUUGACGUCUUACCCGAAGAUAUAACAGUCGAGGGCAGUGACAGAGGCUAUGUUUUUAUCCGAAAGAACUGUUCCUGUGCUUCAACAAUCCACAAGUAUUUGACAAACACUACGUUCACUGUGAGAGAGAAUGGUGGAUCUGUGUACGAUAUGGUGAUCAAUGCCUAUGGUGGGUUGGCCUUUUUGUCGAAUUCGAAUCGGGAAGCGAGGGUAGGGGGUGUGGUGUCGUUGAGGUUGUUUUGUGGUUGUUCGAGUGGGCUGUGGAAUUAUUUCUUGAGUUAUGUGAUGAGUGAUGGGGAUAGUGUCCAGUCCUUGGCGAGUAGGUUUGGGGUGAGUAUGGACAGUAUUGAGACGGUGAAUGGGAUUAGCAAUCCUGAUAAUGUCUCUGUUGGUGCACUAUACUAUAUACCACUCAAUUCAGUUCCUGGAGAGCCUUAUCCUAUAGAGAAUGAUGUUGCUCCAUCUCCUCCUCCAGAACCACCUGUUGACAACAUAGCAGUAAAUCAGGUGAAUCAUAAGGCUCACGUCCCUUACAGAUGGAUCUUUGGGGGUUUAGGAGUUGGGCUGGCUCUGAUUAUUAUAGUUGUACUCAUUUUUGUUUCCUUGAGGUCAUCAACCCACUUCACUGAAGCCCUUGGAGGUCAUGGAAAAGAUUCAGAUGAUAAGAGUUCUCAGAAGUUCCAUAUUCUUCGAAACACAAGUUUCUGCUGUGCUUCAGGAAGGUAUAUCUGCUGCAAAUCAGGGGAUUGGAAACAGUCUAAUGGAGAAUCUAGUGACUGUCAAAUAAACAUUCCUAAAGUUAUAGGGACUGAUGUCUUUGAUGUGGAGAAGCCGGUGGUUUUCACAUAUGAAGAGAUGCUAUCUUCUACAGAUGGUUUCUCUGACUCCAAUCUUCUUGGCAAUGGAACAUAUGGCUCUGUGUAUUAUGGCCUCCUUCGCGACCAGGAAGUUGCAAUCAAAAGAAUGACUGCCACAAAAACUAAAGAGUUUUUGGCAGAGAUGAAAGUUCUCUGCAAGGUGCAUCAUACAAAUUUGGUAGAAUUAAUUGGUUAUGCAGCUAGUGAGGAUGAACUCUUCCUCAUAUAUGAAUAUGCUCAAAAGGGAUCAUUUAGAAGCCACUUGCAUGAUCCUCAAAAUAAGGGUCAUACACCACUCUCUUGGAUCAUGAGGGUGCAGAUUGUACUUGAUGCUGCUAGAGGUCUGGAAUAUAUACAUGAGCACACUAAACCUCAUUAUGUGCAUCGAGAUAUCAAGACAAGCAACAUCUUACUCGAUGGUGGCUUUAGAUCAAAGAUCUCAGAUUUUGGAUUGGCAAAGCUGGUUGGAAAAACCAGCGAUGGGGAAGAGUCAGCAACAAGAGUGGUAGGAACUUUUGGUUAUCUGGCUCCAGAAUACCUCAGGGAUGGCCUGGCCACAAAAAAGAGUGAUGUAUAUGCCUUUGGUGUUGUUCUUUUCGAGAUAAUAUCAGGAAAGGAGGCAAUUACACGAACUGAAGGUGUCAUGAUGAAAAAUCCUGAAAGACGAUCAUUGGCAUCCAUUAUGCUAGCAGCUCUUAGGAACUCACCGGACUCCACAAGCAUGACAAGCUUGAAAGACCACAUAGAUCCUAAUUUGAUGGAUUUGUAUCCCCAUGACUGUGUCUUCAAGGUGGCUAUGUUGGCAAAGCAAUGUGUCGACGAUGAUACCAUUUUGCGGCCAGAUAUGAAGCAAGUUGUGAUAUCACUCUCACAGAUCCUCUUGUCCUCUGUUGAGUGGGAAGCAACUCUUGCCGGGAACAGCCAAGUAUUCAGUGGCCUUGUUCAAGGAAGAUAGUUGAUGACAGGAGAAGUCCCUAGUUCCGGAACUUUGACAGUCUGCAUUUUUCUAUUUACUUUGCUGGUACCUUCAUCUCCAGAGUGUUUGUGUAUAGUAGUAGCACAUAUAGUCCAGUGCAGUGGUAAUAUGGUGGCAUUUAUACAUGUCAUUUGUCCUUUUUUCUGUUUCUUUUUCAUUUUUUACAUUCCCUUUUCUGAUUGCUUUUUUCGUGUAAUUAGUGUUUCGGCUUUUCAUUUUGCUUUAAAUCAAAUCAGAAUGCUGGUGUGAUUAUUCAGUUUCCCUAAAGAGAGGUUGCAAUGAAAGAAAAAUCUUGGUUUUUUUGCAAUCUUGGUUUUA